AUUAUCGCCAGACCUCGCGUGAGGGCUGGAUUGCCGUGGAUCAGGUCACGUGUUGCCGUAUAUAAACAAACAUGGCUGCCUUCUUCUGUUGGAGCAAACGGUUUCUGAGAACAACAAACCCCAAAGUUCUGCAAUCAUGGUUCCACAGGUCUGCUGGUCUUCAGUCCGGCUCUGCUCCUCACUCACAGCUCUUCCCUCCAGCUGAAGGAGUCAUGCUGCCGCCAGAAAGCUUCAAAAACCGGGUAGUCUUCAUCACAGGAGGAGGUACCGGACUGGGCCGAGCCAUGGCGACCGUCCUGUCUCAGUUGGGAGCCCAGUGUGUCAUUGCCAGCAGGAAACUGGACGUCCUACAGCAGACAGCUGAGGACAUUUGCAGCCGGACCGGGAACAAGGUCCACGCGUUGCAGUGUGAUGUCAGAGAUCCUCAGGCUGUCUCUCAUUGUGUGGACCAGAUGACAUCACUCACUGGACUUCCUGAUGUGAUCAUCAACAACGCAGCAGGGAACUUCAUUUGUCCAUCAGAACGCCUGUCCCCCAACGCCUGGAAAAGCAUCACUGACAUCGUUCUAAACGGGACGGCGUUUGUCACUCUGGAGCUCGGAAAGAGGCUGAUUCAGGAUCAGAGAGGAGCCUCUUUCCUGGCCAUCACCACAAUCUACGCUGAGUCUGGUUCUGGAUUUGUCGCCCCGAGUGCAUCAGCAAAGGCUGGAGUUGAGGCACUUUACAAGUCUCUGGCUGCAGAGUGGGGGCGCUAUGGCCACAGGUUUAACAUCAUCCAGCCUGGGCCAAUUAAAACAAAGGGAGCCUUCAGUCGCUUGGACCCGACUGGAAAAUUUGAGAAAGGUAUGAUCGAUCGCAUACCAACAGGUCGACUUGGAACCCCAGCAGAACUGGCGAAUCUCGCAGCUUACCUGAGCAGCGACUAUGCCUCAUGGAUAUCUGGUGCUGUGAUGCGCUUUGAUGGAGGAGAGUAUGUGUCAAUGGCAGGGGAGUUUAAUGACCUGCGCAGGGUGACCCCGGAUCAGUGGAAAAUGAUGGAGGCUAUGAUCAGAAGCACUAAAGGAUCCUAAGCAAAAACUCUUUGAGUGGAACAACCAAUCACAUGGCUGUGUGCAGAGGCCCCACGCCCUCUGAUAUCUAACGUCAGCAUUUUUUGAGAUUGAAAAAACAAUUAUUUCUCUUUUUUUUAUCAACAGAAAGGAUUGUUUUAUCAAAGGCUGUCAUGUGACUUUCUGCACAUGCUCAGUGUGAUUAUAGAUCAUUUAUAAUAAAACUAAUUUUCAGUGUUGA